AUGACAGAGAACUUUUUAAGAUCAAGGACUGCUACCGGAUUUUACAAGAACUUUCAAGUUACCGCUACUUAUUCUCAAGAUUUAACUUCUGACAUAUCGUUACUUUACAGGGCAUUGAGAAAAACCAUCCUUGACUAUCAUAUUUUGGUAUGUUAUAUUGUCAGAAACAAGUCAAUCGGUCGUUGUGUUUAUACCCCUAUAUCUCAAACCCAAUUAAAAGAUCUAUUGAUUUUUAAGGACUCCUCGUAUAUCGAAGGCAACGUUAUCAAUGAAAAAUUUAUGAAAGAGGCCAAUGAUAUUGUUUUUGAUAUAUAUGAGGGUUCGCCGUUGUUCAGAUUGAUUCUUGUUGGGAAAUAUGACCUUAGUGUUGUCUUGGAGCAUACUAUAGCUGACGGAGUUGUUGGAAAUUACUUUCACGAGAUAUUCUUACAAAAUUUGGCAUACGUAGAUUAUCCCUCGAAUGCUAGAGAGUAUGAAGUAAAUUAUGGUUUCCACGAGGCUGCUGUUGGUGAUAUUAGUGAAAAUUCUAUAAUAUUUAAUUAUGAGAAAGAUAGAGCACUUAUAAAAAAUAAUUUGCCGCCUCCUAUUGACGAUUUUCUCGCAGACCCAGAGUUGGAUUAUACUGAUAAUGAUCCAUUAUACUUUGACAAGGUUAUUCCUGAGGAGUUUCCUAAUAAAUGGCCAGGAAAGUUUCUCGCAACUAGAGAUUUUGGUAUAAGCUUCAAGCUAAUCAAUUUCUCGCCUUCAGAAACGAAGGAGAUUUUGGCUGCAUGUAGGCGUGAGAAGGUAACCAUCACUUCGUAUAUAGAAGUUAUUACAGUGUUGACUUUGCAGCCUAUAUUUGGGGAUGAUCAUUAUACUACCCAUAAGAUCGCGCUAGCCUUAAGAAGACAUUAUAAUCCAGAGUUAGCAAGCGAUGAGUAUAAGCAGCUUUUAAGUGACAAGUCCUAUAAGAUUCUUGGUGCCCUGGCAAAUAAUGGGGUCUCCGAGAACUUGCCUCCAAUCUAUGAAUUUUCGUGGGAUUUAGCUAGAAGAAUUAACAAAAACUUAUUGAGAACUACCCAGAAUAAAAAGAUUUUAAAUUUGUUAAACCCAUUCAAAAAAAUGGCCCAUGGCCUAGAGGACAACCUUCAUUUUUUUGAAUCUCAAUUGGGGAAGCCAAAAAAUGAUUCCUUGAAAAUCUCCAACUUGGGGUUGAUAAACAUUCCAGUCUAUGAAAUACCAGAUAAGAAGCCUUGGACCAUAAAGAAUAUGAUUUUCUCUCAAUCUAUGUCUCCUCCCGCAUCAGAGUUCAUGUUGAACGUUGUUUCUACGGCAGAGGGUGGCUUGAAUUUUGUCUUAUCUUACGAUGAUAGAUUUAAUGAUAUUCAAUUUAAUGAAUCUCAAAAUUUUGUUACCGAUUUAAAACAAAAUAUGUUGAAAUACUCUAACGAUAGCUAUCGUACAUCUUAA